AUGUCUGAUGACUCAAGGACUGUCCCUCAGGAGCAGCUCCCCUCCGACAACCUCCACCCGCCGCCAAUGCCGGUGAUCAACGUGGGUCACCUCAACCUUGACCCAGCGACACGAGCUCGUGUGGUUGAAGAUAUUACCAAAGCAUGCCGUGAUCUAGGAUACUUCCAGAUUAUAAACCAUGGGAUCAGUCAAUCUGUCAUGGAUGGAGCUGUUGAAGCAGCUUCAGAUUUCUUCAAACUGCCAAGUGAGACAAAGGAAGAGUUUGCAUCAGACGACCUCCGACGGCCUGUUAGAUAUGACACCAGCUCAAAGGACGGCAUUAGUAUGUCACGGGCAUACCUAAAGCAUUAUGCCCAUCCCCUGAGUGAAUGGAUGCAAUAUUGGCCGGAAAACCCCCCAAUCUACAGGCAAAAUACUUUCUAUAAAUCUUCUUGCAAUCCUGAACUACAGGAGUAUAUGGGAAAUUUUGCUACUGAAGUAAGGAGGGUGGCCUUACAACUAAUGGAAGCCAUACUAGAAGGCCUAGGAUUGGGUAAGGGUUACCAGCAUGAGAAAUUUGAGCAAGGACUGCAGCUAAUGUCAGUGAAUUGCUACCCGAAAGAAUCAGAAGGUGAUACAGCGAUAGGGCUGGCGCCGCAUUCCGAUUAUGGAUUCCUCACCAUCUUGUUCACAAGUUGUCGAGGCCUGGAGGUCGUCGACCGCAACAGCAACAGCUGGAAAGUGGUCCAGCCACUGCCACAUGCAUUGCAUGUCCACGUAGGAGACCACAUGGAAGUCCUGAGCAAUGGCAAAAUCAAGACUGUUGUGCACCGAGCUGUUCUGAAUCCUGAAGAGGCAAGGAUCUCCAUGGCCAGCAUUAAUGGUUUUGCAAUGCAUGAGAAGGUCUCCAGUGCCAGAGAGCUCGUGAACGAGCAGAAUCCUGAAAAGUACAACGCGAGCAGUUUUAAUGACUUCCUCGACUAUCUCACAAGCAAUCUGGACAACAAGCACCGGAACUUUCUUGAGAGCCUUAGGAUGCAAGGGGCGUAG